GCGACCAAUGGAAUGAGAGUCUUUCGGCCGGCGCAAGCCGGAAGUGGUUGGCCGUUUCCGCCGGCGCGACUUGCGCCUUGCUAGCCGAGGCGCUUCCUGUUAGCUUGUUUGCAACUUGGGGAAGAAGAUUCCGGGCGAGUUUCGUCGCCACUAAAUGACAUUUAGUAAAUAUGACUGAGAGACGUUUACAGUGGUGCCGUUCGCCGGAAUAGUCCCGCAGGAGGAGCUCAAAGCAACGCGGAAGCCACGAGUAGUUCCUGGGCACAAUGAGUGCGAAAUACGGCCCGGCGGGGUACAACGUUCCGCGGAAGAACAUUUCCAUCUCCAUCCCGGCAUCUGCAGAGUUGAUGUCCCCUCAUAUCAAGUCCCUGGAGGAACUGAGGGUUCUCGGAAUCAGACUCGGCAACUUCAGUGCCCUGGCGCAGUUUUACAUCUGUGUGGCUGGAGUCUUCUUCUUUUAUCUCAUUUAUGGAUACGUACAGGAGCUCAUCUUUUCAGUGGAGGGCUUUAAGCCCUUCGGUUGGUACCUCACUCUGGUCCAAUUUGGUUUUUACUCUCUGUUUGGACUCACGGAGCUUCAAUUCACAAAAGACAAACGCAGAAGGAUACCCGGGAAGACGUAUAUGAUACUUGCCUUUCUAACAGUGGCCACCAUUGGCCUUUCUAACACCUCCCUGGGUUACUUGAACUACCCGACGCAGGUCAUCUUCAAGUGCUGUAAACUCAUUCCCGUCAUGAUUGGAGGAGUCUUUUUACAAGAUAAGCGCUAUCGGCCGGUUGACGUGGCCGCCGCCGUCUGCAUGUGUUUGGGACUCGUCUGGUUCAUGCUGGCUGACAGCAAAGUGACACCCAACUUUAAUGUCACAGGUGUUUUCUUCAUUUCCCUGGCGCUGUGUGCCGAUGCCGCCAUUGGAAAUGUGCAAGAGAAAGCCAUGAAACGUCAUCACGCCUCCAAUUCCGAAAUGGUGCUGUACUCGUACUCCAUCGGCUUUGUGUACAUCCUGGCCGGGCUGCUGUGCGUGGGGGGGCUGGCACCCGCCGUGUCCUUCUGCUCGGAGGACCCUGUGCGGACGUACGGUUAUGCCUUCCUUUUCUCUCUUGCGGGUUUUUUGGGCAUCUCUUUUGUCUUGGCCUUGAUCAAGCUGUUUGAUGCCCUUGUUGCAGUUACAGUGACUACAGGGCGGAAGGCGGUUACCAUCUUUUUUUCCUUUGUGUUCUUCAGCAAGCCCUUCACUUUUCAGUACAUCUGCGGUGGCCUCCUCGUGCUCGUCGGCAUCUUCUUGAACGUUUACAGUAAAAACCGUGAGAAAAUGAAGCUUCCUUCAAUCAAGGACCUAAAAAGCAGACUACUAACUGGAAAGAAAGUCCGAGCUCUCUCGCAAAAUGUAUGAGAGGGCAGCUGUCACAGGCUUUGAUUUGAGCCUCAAAGGAUCUCUCCGGAGCCUCCCUGCCCAAGAUGCCUCAUGAGCGUCAGAUGGAGUUUUGGGGCUCUCUCUUCACCUGAAGACAACCGACUGCUGCGGGCGGCUGAAACUUCCCCAAACUGAACGAUCUGGUUGUGAUUACAAGGGACUAGUGGCGCUUGGGCACUUUUGGAGCGCACGCCAACACAUGGCCAAUGUGCACAACAUCACUGAAGAGACUCGAAAGGAACACGGUUCUGCAGCUGGAAAUUUGCACACAAAAAAAACAAGUUGGAAGGGAAGAAUGAAGUGACCUCUUGCUCCCCACUUCAAAAGAUGGCCCUUUGUCAGGAUUCUUUGACUGCACAGAUAAAACGGACUCCGUUUUUGUACAAUCAAGAAUCUGCUCGCAUUUUGGAGUGUUGCACUCAGCUCCCGCAAACUGCUAACCGCGAGUGUGAAGGCAGCCCGCUCUUUUUUUUUUACAAUAAACUCCAAGAUGUUGUCUCGA